GCCUCGGCGCGCGCUGAUUUCCAGAUGAGCGAUGCUGGGGAAGAUGUCCAUUACCACGGUCCCACCAGCGCCUACGCUCAUUCUUCCCACGCUCCGCCUAUCAGCAGCUCGCCCAUGACUAGCCGGCUCGAAAGUUUCGCCGACCGACCUCACGACUACCGCUUAUACCUCCCUCGCUCAGUCGACCUGACCCAGGCUCAACAUUCGACCAUCCUCGACCGCUUCUUCCGCUUCUUUGCCUCAUGGGGAAUGCGGGCGUCCCCAGAGCUGUUCAAGCAAGAUAUGAUGCGCGCGGUCAUGUUACCGCCGAAUACGCCGCCUGCGAGGUUUUCGCACUACUCGCCUUUCCUCCACAACAUUAUCCUGUCGAUAGCUCUAAUGUGGGCCGACGAAGACCACCUCUCGCAUGCCGAUACUCGGGCGGUAUUCGCAGAGCAGGCUGAGCGAUACCUGUCGGCGGAGCUGGCUCGACCUACUUUGGCCACGGUGCAGGGAUUGGCGCUCAAGUCGAGCCUGCACUCGACGCUGGGGGAUCAUACGAGUGGCUGGGCGUACUUUGGGAUGGCAGAGAGGGUGUGCUUGUCGCUCGGCCUGAAUGUCAAUUGCGCGGACUUGGUUACGAGCGGUAAGAUGUCGGCGACUGAGAUGGACUUCCGCCGGAACACAUUCUGGACGAUCUUCGUCCAAGAGCAAUGCUGGGCUGUCUAUAUCGGUAGACCCCACGCCGCUCAAGAUUACAAUAUUCCCCUGCCAGUUCCUGACCCUACCCUUGACGACCUCCCCUGGACCUGGCACAACUUGGAGGUUCCCGACCGGCAUCUUCCUCCUCAGCCCUCGAUGUACAGCACCACAUUUGCAGAGACCGCCAAGCUCACUGUGAUCAUGCAGAAAGUGAUGACGGCAUUGUGGUCACAGCGAGCAGAAAGUCAGCGAGCUCAGGUGUGUGAUGCAGUUGGCCACGGAUAUGUGGAUCCGCAGCUGACUCGCAGUGUGGCUCUUGAUUCCUGGAACGAAGCGCUGCCCGCCGCCCUCAUCCUCAACGGACAUUCCCAGAAGAACGCCCUGCCUCACAUUAUCGCCCUUCAGCUCGCCAAGGAAUGGCUCACCAUCCUCAUCUACCGGCCAUACUACCGUUCGAUCUCGGGACACGGUCGGUCUGACAUCAUUGAUACCAUUUUAGGAACGGCACGAUGCGACCGAUCUGCGGACCGCAUCAAUUCCCUUCUUCGCACAUACCACUCUCGCUUCGGCUUGCGGUAUACACCCCCCACUCUGUUCAAUAUCGCCUUUAUGGCGGGCACCACUCAUCUGCUCGCUGCUGUCUGGCAUCGGACCGCCUCAGCAAAGUCUGCGGCAGUCAAGCAAGCGACCGAAUGCGUCACCUUCCUACGUUUGGUCGCAGAAUCAUGGCCCGCAGCGGGACACAAGGCCGACAUCCUCAACGCUCUGGUCAUGGAGUACGCCGAUCCCACCAGUCCAGUGGGCGGGAUCCGACCUUUCCCAAAGCCGAAGCGGGCCCCUACUUCACCCUCGGAAGGCGGCGCACCGGCCUCGCUGGCUUCACCUUCCUCCGCACCCAUACCACUUCCCCUCGCCCAGCCGCCAUCCGCACCUACGCUUAUGAUCGGCGCCGAUAGCUUUGCGGGCGGGCUAGACUGGUUUGCUGCCACCAUCCAGAAUUCUGGGGUUCUCACCAAUCCCGCGUCUGAGUGGGGUACCAAUAUGUGA